AUGGCACCAAAAGUCGACCCUCAGAACCUCAGAAAGACGUUUGGGCGCUUUCGAGUUCUGAUCGUAGGAAGGGCGAAUGCAGGCAAAACGACCAUCCUUCAGAAGGUCUGCAACACCACGGAAAAGCCAGAGAUUUACAAUGCCAAAGGAGACAAGGUGUGUGAUAUGUUCUGCACCAUGCGACGGCGUGGGAAACACGACAUCACGAACGAGAUGGUAUUCAAAAGCAACCCCGGUUUCGUCUUUCACGACUCGUGUGGUUUCGAAGCGGGUUCCGUAGGAGAAUUCGAGGACAUGAAGAAAUUUAUUGCAGAACGUGCGAAUACGACAAAGUUGGAGGAGCGAAUCCACGCUGUGUGGUAUUGUAUUCCGAUGGACGAUCAUUGCCGAACGUUCCAGCGGUCAGAGGAGAAGUUUUUCUCCGAAUGUGACACUGGACAUGUUCCUGUCAUUGUGGUAUUCACGAAGUUUGAUGCUUUGCAUCCAGUAGCAUUCGGAGAACUCGAGGAACAACUCAUCGGGUUGUCGCAAGAAGAGUGCUUAAAAAGAAUCGACGAGUGUGUCGAAGAACUAUUCACGAGUACAGGUGUCUUGGAUCGGUUAUAUGCCCCUGAGAACCUUGCACGUCCGAAGUGCUAUGUGCGCUUGCAGAGUGAGUUGUUCAGCCCGAGAUUGAUUUGUCUAGUAUGUAAGUUGACAUGGGUCAUCCGAGAUAUGGAUGAAGUGGAUACAGGCUGCGACACACUACUGGAGAACACUACUUUUGCAUUGGAUGACAAAGAAUUAUGCUUGUGCUUGGUCUCAACACAACAGUCAAACCUAGAACUUUGUAUCAAGUGUGCCAUUGAGUGA